GUUCUUCAACUGGAAACCGAUCAGAGGGAAGAACAAUCUCCACAAGCUUUAAUCGCAUACAAGUAACCUAAAUCCACAGGUCAGUGAUUCCUCCAUCGUUACGAUUUCUACUCGCAAUGUUCAAUCUCAUCAGCAGAAACUUGUCCUUUUCUGCGUUCAAAGCAACGCCGGUUCAUAUACUGUUUCCUCGCUCAUUAUGUUCGUCAACAGCUGCAUCAGAUAACUCAUUCACAGUUUCUUACCUGAUUGACUCAUGCGGAUUCCCUCCCGACAAGGCGAUUUCAGCUUCCAAAUUCUUGAAGUUCAAAACCCCAGAUAGAGCAGACUCUGUGAUAGCAUUUUUCAAGAAUCAAGGGUUCACAGAAACCCAAAUCUCUAAUUUGGUUCGAAAGUUCCCUACGGCUCUCCGCUAUCAUCCCGAAAAAAACCUUUUGCCGAAAUUUGAGUUCUUAGGCUCUAUAGGUCUUUCGCAUUCUGAUAUUUUUAAGUUAUUUACUGGAAGACCCAACUUACUAGGUAGAAGCUUGAAGAAUCAUAUAGAACCUACAUAUAAUAUACUUAGAGAUUUGCUUCAAUCCAACAAUAGAACAGCUAUUGCAAUCAGGAGGUGUGCCUGGGUCUUGGAUUUGAAUUUCCAUACAAAUAUGUUUGCAAAUAUGCAAAUACUGCUUGAUGUUGGUGUACCUGGAUCAAAGAUGUUGUAUCUGUUAACUCACCAGCCUAGAGAUUUUUUAGCUCCUACAGACCAGUUCAAAAAGGCAGUGGAGGAAGUAGUGGAGAUGAGUUUUGAUCCUUUGAAAAUAACUUUUGUGUUAGCAGUUCAUGCACUUAGGUCAAUGAGCAAGUCCACUUGGGAAAAGAAGAUGGAGACUUAUGAGAAAUGGGGUUGGUCUAAAGCCCAGAUCUUGCUAGCUUUUAGGAUUAAUCCAUGGUGUAUGAUGAUGUCUGAGGAGAAAAUUGAUAAAGUGAUGGAGUUUCUUGUUAAUAAGAUGGGGUUUGAGACAUCCAUUGUCUCAAAGAACUUUGCAAUCUUUUCAUUGAGUAUGGAGAAAAGGAUUAUUCCAAGAAGUAUGGUUUACCAAUAUUGUUUGGACAAUGGAUUGUUGAAGGAUAAAAAAAUUUGUGGUUUCAGUUGGUGGUUGCAGUGUUCGGAUAAUAUAUUCAUCAAGAGAUUGGAAAGAUAUGAGAAAGAAGCUCCAGGUGUUUUGAAGUUAUAUCAGGAAAAGUUAGAUCAUUGUAAUUGAAGAUGGUAAUAUGUUCCAACAUAACAUAUAGAAGCUUCAGUAGUUGGAUACUACCAUUAUCCAUGUGCAUGAUUUAGAUAAUACAGAUAAUGAAUAGAAUGUAUUCUUUUGAUUCUCUUCUUCUUUUCAAUGGAUAAGUUUGUAUCAAAUGGUUCCUAAUUCCGCCUUUGGGCCAUUGAAUAACUUAUAGUA